AUGAGCCAGCAAAACAGAAAUCUGAGUAAGGCUGGAAGUGAUUCAAAAAAAAGUAACCCUACCAGUAAAAAUAAUUCAACUCAAAUUGUUUGUGAUUGGCCUUUGGCUUCUCAUUCUGGUGAUGUUGUAAAGUCAGAAGAACAUGAUGGAAAAUUUGAGUUAGUUUUGGAUUGUCAUGAAUUUGAUCCAAAAGAUAUAACAGUUUUUACUAAUGAUAAUAAGGUUAGUAUUUAUUGUGACCAUCAAAAGAGACGUGAUAGUAACACUUGUGAAAGAAAAUUUUCAAGAACAUAUAAACUUCCUCCAAAUGUCAAUCCUAAUACUUUAAAACAUACUUUUAAUAAUGAUGGAGAUUUAAUUAUAACAGCAGAAAAAAAAUAA